UUAGGGAGUAGGCUACGUCCCACGCUGAGAUCCGCUUGCACAAAAAGUUGGAGAAGUUUCCUUAAGUUUCGUCGCGGGUUGCAGUUGGCAAUGGAAGAGCUGGCGAGGGAGAGCAUCAGCUUGCUCGGCAAACCUGCGCUGGACUCGGGUGGCCACAGGUUGGGCUCCUUUGGCGCAAUUUUCAUCAUGCUGAAAUCAGCGCUCGGUGCGGGACUACUCAACUUCCCUUGGGCUUUCGACAAAGCUGGGGGGAUCCAUACUGCUGUGAUGGUUGAAAUGGUGUGCCUCGUGUUCCUCGUUAGUGGUCUUGUGAUCCUUGGCUACUCGAGCUCCAUCAGUGGCCAGAACACGUACCAGGCCGUGGUGCGGGGCGUCUGCGGGACAUACAUUGGGAAGCUCUGCGAGGUCUGCUACAUCUUUAAUCUGUUCAUGAUCUCCAUCGCCUUCCUUGUUAUUGUAUCAGACCAGCUGCAGAAAUUAUGCGUGUCUAUCUAUGAGUUAAUAACUGGAUUACCUGAGGCGGACAUGCCUUAUCACUGGUACACGGACCAGCGCUUCACACUCUUCAUCCUGUGUCUCAUUCUCAUCCUCCCCCUCUCCAUCCCUAAAGAGAUCAGCAUUCAGAAGUACACAAGUGUUUUAGGGACCUUUGCUGCAACCUAUUUAACCGUGGCUAUGAUUGUCAAAUACCAUACAAUGCACGCCCAAGAAGUCCCUGCAACCCCUCUAUAUAGUAGUGGAUUAAGCUCCUGGGCUUCGAUGUUCAGUGUCAUCCCAACUAUUUGCUUUGGUUUUCAGUGUCAUGAGUCUUGCAUCGCCAUCUACAGCAGUAUGGAGAACAAGAAGAUGUCCAAUUGGGUGUUCAUCUCUGUGGUCUCCAUGAUUUUCUGCCUGCUCAUCUACUCCCUUACUGGUGUGUAUGGGUACCUUACCUUUGGGAGUCGCGUGGCCCCAGAUGUCCUGAUGUCGUACACGGGGGACGAUCUUCUCAUGAUUGUUGCCCGGCUUCUCUUUGGAAUUUCCAUCAUCACCAUCUAUCCCAUAGUGCUCUUGCUGGGAAGGUCUGUGAUUCAGGACCCUCUGCUGAAUUUUAGAAGCAAGGGCUCAACAGUAACAAAAUCAUACGAGACGCGUACCCGCUUGGCGCUGACAAUCGCGUGGAUCGGAGUGACCCUCCUUGUGGCAGUGUUUGUCCCUGACAUCAGUAAAGUCAUCAGUGUCAUUGGAGGGAUUAGCGCAUUCUUUAUAUUCAUCUUUCCAGGUCUCUGUCUCAUAUUUGCAGUUCAGUCGGAGCCUGUUUCGACCUACAUGAGGGGGAUCCUGACUGCAUGGGGUGUCAUCACGCUUCUCUGCGGCGCCUUCAUUUUUGGGCAGAGUACAUCUAUAGCCAUCAUGCAGGUUUUAAAUAAACUCUAAUCCACGCCUCUCUCUCGCCGUGCCCUCAGCCAGGAGUUUCAUGUAUUCACAGGGGGCGGCUGGAGGGGGGGAUGUUUCUUUGAGGAAUGUUUACUGGAGUCAGGCUCACUCUUUGUACACAGCCCGUGAGUGGCAUCAAAACAGUAUGGUGCUCUGUGCAAAAAUACUAUGCAUCAGCCUUUAGAGGAGGAGCUGUGUGCAGUGCGUGGGAAAACAAAACGUGUGUGUGUGUG